AAUCUUAGAUUUCUUCACUAUCUAUUGUUUUGUAUACCAAAAUAAGGAAGUUCAGACUCUCAUGUGCUUUCUGUGGUUUGAUGUGUUUUAUCUAUUAAAUUAAUUUACAUGCUGAAUUAUCUAUUUAUAUUACCGUAAUAAACGUGAAGAGAAAACUGUUGGGACUCUAAACCACUUUUCAUCACAUUGCAGAAAAAUAUAUUGUUAAAAUCUUACGGAAAUAAUGAUGGCGACAGCUGUAGCAUCCCGGUUUGCUGUUCUCAGUAUUGACGACGACGGUGAAGGUUCAAAGAAAAAUCAAAAGAAAGCGAUUGACAACAUUAAAAAGAAAGGUGGCGUUAAUCAAAAGUCUGAUACCUCACAGAAAAAAAAAGUCAAGAAGCCGGAUGUUAGCAAAGGCAGCCAGCAGCUGGCCAAGCCCAAGAGCAAGUCAGCGGCAGGCGGCAGGGGCGACGCCCCCCGGAAGAAGCAGCCAGCCAGCCAGGAGCAGUGGGACCAGUGGAAGAAGAAGGACUCGGAGUUUGUGGACGGCAACUUCGAGCAGCAGCUGGAGCAGGCUAUCCUGCUGUCCAAGCUGGACUACGAGGAGAAGAAGGACGUGUACGACCAGGCGAAGCGAGACGCCGAUGAGGAGCGACGUCCAGGGACCGGCAAGAAGAGCAAGAAGCCGGCCAAGCCCCAGGCCAUGUCGCUGGAGCAGUUCAACAGCAUGGGGGCUGCGCCCGAAGCCAACGCUGUCCCUUUGCCGCCUCCAGAAGCAGCCACGGAGCACGACCCAGAGUUUUUCGAUAGGAUCAAAGAAGACGCAAAGAAAGCUAUUGACCACGAGCACAGUCGAGAGACCAGGAAAGCCAGAGAGGUGUUCAACGAGGAGGUGAUAACGAUAGCGCAGUUCGAGGAGACGCUGGCGAAGAAAGACAAGGCGAUAGCGACCUUGGAGGAGGAGAUAGUCAAGCUGAAGGAGGAACUGCAGCAGGUGAAGACGCGCAACAAGAAGCUGUGCAACAUCCUGGCCCAUGGCGAGAUGCGGGACAAGGCGGAGGUGCUGGUGGAGGUGGACCGCCUGCAGAGGGUGCGAGACGAGCUGUCGGCCGAGGUGUCCAGCCUGCACGUGCAGCUGGAGCAGGAGCGCUCCAAGGUGCGCGCCCUCACGUCCGCCGACACCAAGGGCAAGGCGCAGAAGAAGAGGAGCACGAGCGAAACAAACCAGUCAUAAUGCCUUCCAGUGCGCAUCGUGUGUGCGACUGUUCUUCCAGCCGGGGGUUGCGGUGUGCUCCUGGACCUAGUGUGCGCGGUGCGGCAACACUGAUGCCAGGGAAUUCAAGUUGGACCUCAAAUUGUUGUGUUUGGUAGUGGUCUCUUGCGACAUUCAUAGUGCAUUAAGUUUGUUGCUGUGAUGUGUACCUAGUGUGCAUGUUAUGCAUACAACUUUUAAGUUUUUUUAAAUUUGUUGUAUUUUUGUAACAUGAUUGGAUGUUGUGCUGCAAUAUUUAAUUUGUAAAUAAUUUGUCUGUCAUAAUAGAUAAAUAACAAUGUAAGCAAGGUGUUGAA